UGAGGAUCGAGGAGCUUCCACCUCCUCCGCCUCCUCCGCCACCACCGCAGCCAACGACAAUCGUGAUGCCGCCCUACCCGCAGCCCGAUAGUGAGGCCCUCACGCGAGCGGUGGCAAACGCCAUGGCUGCAGCGGCAGAGGUGGCGGCUGGCAACAACGAUGCCCUCCGCCGUGCAAUUCGCGAACUGGGCGAUCGGGUGGACGGAAUCGGAUCGCGGGUCGACGGGCUGAGCGGAGAGGUGAAGAGCUGCCGGGCGGCGCUCGUCCUCUCGCAGGAGGAAUCCGAGAGGCGCCUCAGUGCCGGGCAGCGAGAGGCGGCCGAAACGACGUGCGAGACUAUGCUGAGCGGGGUGCAGCGCAUGCUGGACGAGCUGCGGCGAGCGCUUGCGGCGGAGAAGCCACCGCAACCGCCACCCAAACCGAGCGUGGCGGACCGCGGCGUACAAGCGGGCGGGCGUGAGCGGGCGGUGCAGGCGGGUGGAGUCGACGAUAGCACGCAGCACGACCCGCUCCUCGAGGACGGCGCCUGCCAGACGGACGCUCCGCCCUCGGCGCGGCCGCUGGUGGUGCCGCUCGCUCUGACGGUGCCAGCGUCGGUUUCGCGUGCGGUCUCGCCGCCACGGCCACGCAAGCCUGCGGACAUCUACUGGUAUCACCAGGUGCACUCGGCGCCGCCCGGUUCGGUCCAGGGGAGGUACGUGCGGCAGUGA